AAAACAAAACAUGACAUUUCUUCUAUGCCAUGAGAAAAUUCUUAUCUUUUAAUAAAAUUAAUUAAUUUCUUUCACAAUAAAUGGCUUUAAAAUUACGAUAAUGUCUUUUCCGAAAAUAGAGGGUUAUGUGGUGACCGAGAAACUCGGUUCGGGGAGCUAUUCCACUGUAUACAAAGCUUAUACGAAGGUUGGUGCCCGCUCAGUAGUGGCGGUGAAAUGUGUUGACAAGUGCAAGGUGAAGCAGUCGGGCACGGCGGUGGACAACCUCAUCACGGAGAUACGCCUGCUGAAGACCCUCGCGCACCCGCACAUCGUGCAGAUGAAGGAGUUCACAUGGGACGACAAAAACAUCUACAUUAUAAUGGAGUAUUGCUGCGGCGGCGACCUCUCCAAAUACAUACACCGAUAUGGCAGGGUGCCGGAAAUGCAGGUGUUAUACUUCCUGCAGCAGUUGGCGUCUGCGCUCAAGUUUCUCAGAGAAAAAGGCGUCGUGCACAUGGAUCUCAAGCCUCACAACCUGUUGCUACACAAGGGAUCGGACGGGAAAUACAUACUGAAAGUUGCCGAUUUUGGUUUCGCGCAGCACCUGUCGCUAGAGGGCGCGCGGUCGGUCCGCGGGUCGCCGCUGUACAUGGCGCCCGAGAUGCUCGCCGGCCGCUACGACGCCCGCGUCGACCUCUGGAGCGUCGGUGUCAUCAUGUACGAGUGCCUGUUCGGCCGCGCGCCGUACUCGUCCGCCACGCUGCGGGAGCUCGUCGACAAGAUACAGCGGAAAGCGCCCAUAGAGAUCCCUCGCAACUCGUCGGUGUCGGCGGGCUGCGUGCAGCUGCUGACGCGGCUGCUGCAGCACGACCCCGACACCAGGAUCAGCUACGAGGAGUUCUUCGCGCACGAGUACCUCGACCUGGACCACAUGCCCUCCAGGGAGAACUACGACAAGGCGGUGGGCCUGAUCAAGCAAGCGAUCGAGCUGGACGCGGGCGGGCAGCUGCGCGCCGCGCUGCAGGCAUACAGUGCCGCCCUGCAGCUGCUGGUGCCGGCCGCGCGGGUGCAGACCGACGCGUUACGCAAGGAGGCGCUCACCGCCAAGCUCACCAGGUACAUGGAACGCGCGGAGGAGAUAAAGCAAUAUUUGAAGUACUGCGAGGACGGCGUCCCGCCGGCCGCGGCCCACCGGCCCACGCGUGGGAACGCCGCCAGCGACGGCACGCAAGAGUUGCCUCAGGCACCAAGUGAGUGCGGCCCCAGCAACAGCAAGUCGGCUGAUGGCACAGCAAGUGGGGCCUACACGUGUGGGACAGACGGACAGACAGCCGCGCGGAAUGGAAGCGAGCCCACUGUGUCCGAACACGAGCCGCGGGCUGCGCGGGGCGGCACAGACAGCAAGCGACGCGGGCUGCGGCGGCUGCUGAGCCGCGCCGCCUCACACUCACCGCCCGCCGGCGGCAGGGACGUCCCGCCGCUGCAGGGCGAGAGCGCGCUGCCGGUGGCCGCCGACGCGAACGACAUCUGUCGCAUUACGUGAGCACAAUCACGUUUAGUGAACCUGUUGGCUUUCCAUUGAAAAGUAUUUAAUUAGGAAUACUGUUGAAAGGAAUUUAUUGCUGUUUGAUUGAACAUGUGGAAGCGGUCGGAGUUGGAACACUCACUCUUGCUAAGCUACUGUCUUGUUGAACAGCCGCUUUGAUGUUACCGAUCUAAUGUGUUUACCUAUAUAAUAAUUAGCAGAAUUAAACAUAUGUAGCUAUAGUAAAUUGGAUUGUGUCCUAUACAGGGUAAAAGGGACAGAUUGGUCAAAACGAAAACGGCUGAUUCAGAUCAAUGGUCUGAAACAGAUGGCUGGUUAUUUUCCCACCGGAAAUGCACCGCAGCCGUAUAAUUACCGAUUGUUAGUUUCGAUGACGCGCAAUGUAUUUGAAACUGUACGAUCCACGCGACGCGUGAUGCCUACAACGCGCGCUCAGUGCUGCUUCCUCGUAGGUAGUUUCCGUACGCUCGUGGCGUUGACUUUACACAGCUGGUUCCGCGCGUCGCGGUAGAAUUUUCAUACGUAUAUUACAUUGCUGUUUUUUUUUGGUAUUUCAUAAUGUUUCACUAUAGAAUAAUAUUAUUUCUUCAUAUUAUGACAUAUCGUAGAUUACAUGGUUUUAAAGGAAAAAUAAAUAAAUUUUCCGGAAAUAAUUUCCACUGUAUUUCAGUUCAGAAUAAUGGUCUGAAUUCACUGUUUCACUUUUUGCCAACCUGUCCCCUCCACCCUGUAUAGAAAGCUAGGUUUAAACGUAAUUGGGCGCGCAAAUAUUGUUAAUAUUUUUUAUUUAUACAACUUAGAAUGGCAAACAAGCUGACGGCCCACCUGAUGAAAAGUGGUAACCGUCGCCUAUAGACUGAUAAAAUAAUAAUAAUAAAAAAUUAUAAGAAUUAAGUUAGUGUUCCCAUCUGUUGAAGUUUUGUUACAUAAUAUUUUUAAUUUAUA